UAGCAGGCCAAUGUGUGAAAGAUGACAGCUUUGCUAAAAAAUAUUCCUGCCCUUUGGGUGUUCCAUCAAGCUGUUUUGCAUGUGUCAAAAGGAAUGUCUGGAAAACAAGAGACCGAAAGGGCUUCGCCGGAAAUAAAUGCCUGCAAGGCGAUUAUCAAGCGGCUGUUUUCCAGUUCCUACAAGAAUAUAGCCUGGGUUUUCUACGAGCCACUGGACGCUCAGCUUUUGGGCCUGCACGAUUACCAUGAGAUCGUAAAGGAACCCAUGGAUCUGUCGACCGUAAGGCAUCGUGUGAAUACGGGCUGCUAUCAGACGGCCGCUGAUUUUGUCAAGGAUGUGAGGCUGAUUUUCUACAACACCUAUUUGUACACGAAUCCCGGUCACUUGUGCUACGAAAUGGCCAAAAAGCUGCAGCUCAUCUUCGAGGAAAUGUACGCACAGGUACAGUUGUACGCAAGUAAUGGGAAAAGAAUGAAUGGAGACGAAGAGGAGAGUUCCUCGAGCUCAUCGGAUGAAUCGGAAUCAUCUUCAUCAUCCUCUUCGAUUAGGGAAGAUCCUCCGGAAUGGACUCCCCCGCCAGUUUCGGGAUCUCUAAGUCAGCAGAAACCCUUCACCACCGAAGAGGAUCUCGAUUUUCAUGCCAAAAUUCAGCAGCUGGAUGGCGAGGUCCUGCUGCACGUCAUCCACUUGAUACAAAGGAUGGAGGGGGCCGAAUAUUGCAACAAGGAGCUGCAGUUUGAUGUCCGCCAACUGAAGGUGCACACAAAGCGCUCCAUUCUCGAUUAUUUGGCAAGCAAAGGCUUCACCGGCAAACGAGUGGCUCGCACUAAACCCAAAUAUAACUGA